AUCUCCGUUCGGCUGGGUUCGGAUUUUUUCGUUUGCGUCCGUCGGCAUCCCUAGUUUGGUCCAGCGCGAGAGUCUGCUCUGGCCAUCUCUCUCAAAGUAAAUACCGGAGGUAAACAGAAUUGUUUAUUUUUUGCGGAAGGUUCCAAGGUGUCGGACCGUGAUAUACCGUGAACGUCCCGUGAUAUAUAUCACACUGUGACUGUUGGUUGUUGGUUCACUCCCACUAUUUUAAUUGGAGGGAUCUUGGUGUGUGUGACGAAAUUGACUUGAUUUUUUUUUGACAAUACGAGAUGAUGUUUGUGAUACGGAUAACGUGCUUUGUGAUAUGUACGGGAGUUUUGGUUAUUUUUGCUAACGCUAACGUCGGGGCGGAGUUAGCGAUCGCGACGAGAAGUAAAAAUAGAGGGAAAGGCUCAAUGUGGUGGGGUAUAGCCAAAGCUGGCGAACCGAACAACCUUUCCCCCAUGUCACCUGGCGCCCUCUACAUGGAUACUUCCGUCCACGGCACCCUUCGACGGAAACAGAGAAGGCUGGCCCGGGAAAACACCGGGCUGCUCGAGGCCAUAGCCAAGGGGGCCAAUUUGGCCAUCAACGAGUGCCAGUUCCAGUUCCGGAACCUGCGAUGGAACUGCAGCACCAGGAACUUCCUCAAAGGGAAGAACUUGUUCGGGAAGAUCGUCGAAAAAGGUUGUCCAGAGACAGCUUUCAUCUACGCCAUCACCAGCGCCGCUGUCACUCACUCCAUAGCCCGCGCAUGCUCCGAAGGCGCCAUCGAAACCUGUUACUGCGAGAAACACUACCGGCGUCCUCAGGUUUUCAGUAACGGCAACACCGGAAGCGUUACCACCAACGUGAGGGACUUCGAGUGGGGCGGGUGCUCUGACAACAUCGGUUUCGGCUUUGACGUCAGCAGGGAGUUCGUGGACACGGGGGAGAGGGGGAAGAGCUUGAGGGAGAAGAUGAACUUGCACAAUAACGAAGCAGGAAGAUCGCUUGUCCAGUCUCAGAUGAGACAAGAGUGCAAGUGUCACGGCAUGUCCGGUUCCUGCACCACCAGAACUUGUUGGAUGAAACUGCCCAAUUUCAGAGUGAUCGGUGACCUUCUCAAGGACAGAUAUGACGCAGCGACGCGAGUCAUAGCUGCCAACUCUGGAACGUUGAAGAGCAACAAGGCUCACAGCAAUCGAUUGCCAAAAAAUCCAACUGCUUUGAUGACGAACAGUAUCCACACUAAGAGAGAAAACAAAAGAAAACACAAGUACGGAUUCCAACUGAAACCGUUCAAUCCAGAACAUAAACCUCCUGGAGUCAAAGAUCUGGUUUACUAUGAAAUGUUGCCAGGUUUCUGCGAGAAGAACCCCAAAUAUGGAAUUCAAGGAACACACGGCAGGCAAUGCAACGAGACAUCUGAAGGUGUCGACAACUGUGACGUCAUGUGCUGUGGUCGAGGCUUCCACAGCGAGGAGGUGGUGGUCGUGGAACGAUGCAACUGCAUCUUCCACUGGUGCUGCGAGGUAAAAUGCGACAUUUGCAGAACAAAGAAAAAAGUCCAGUAUUGCUUUUAAGCCAUUUUUUCCUAAAACUAGUAUUUUAAAUCAAAUAUCUCUCUUGGUAUUUAAGAGAAGUAUGACUGAGCUUCGUAGAAUUGUAAAUAUAUAAAAAGAAAUAUUGAGAAUACUUCUCUUAAGUUCCUAAACAAUGUUUUGACCAGUAUUAAACUAGAAAUAGGUUGUAGUUAAUUUAGAAAGACUGAACAAUCAAGAAAACGAAAAUUCUCACAUAUCCCAAGUGCGUGUAUAUAGUUAUUAUUAUUUUAUUUAUUUAUUUUUGAAACUUUCCGAUGUGACUGUUAAAUGCGAAUGUCACAUCUCUAAAAAUGUUUUUUAUUAAUACAGGGUGUUUCAAAAGUGUACCAAAAAUCUGUCGUUGUAUUGGGUCAUUUUAGACUAUUUUCUGUAUAGACUAUAAAUGAAAAAUUUCACAUUAGUACUUUUUAACCAAUCAAAAUGGUUUAUUUUGACAGGUUCAUCAUGUCAAUGCAUGCAUUUUAUAGGAACAAUCAACUGAAAAAAAAAACGGCGUCAAAGACGGCUGGGAAAUGGCAAUCGAUGAUCAUUUUGGCUAAGUCAAGCCUAGAAAAAAUAUUUUUUGGGAAAUUGAUUUUUGUGUCCAGAAACGUUCUAUUCUGUUUUAAUGUUUCUAUAAUUAGUGUUAAUUUCUGAAAAAUUUUAUAUCAAUUUUUAUUAACAGACGUCUAGAGACUGACCUCGUCAAAAUUAUCACCGAAUGUCAUUCCCAGCCAUCUUUGACACCGUUUUUUUUCGAUCAUUACUAUAGUAAAAAUACCGUAUGAUCGAAACAAACGGCGUCCAUUUGGCUGGGAAAUGACGAUCGAUGACA